ACAUUCUAGGGUUCUUGGAACCCUAGCAACGCGAGCUCCUCUCCUCCUCCCUGCAAAGGAGGAGCGGCUUGGAGCGUGGAUCUAGAUGAAUUUCGUCAAGGGAUUUCUUCGCAGGUCGUCCGGAUCGGCAGCGCCGGGGAGUUCUUCUUCGAUCGCAGCUUCGUCGACGACAUCCGCGACUUGGAUCGAUGUCCAGUUCAGUGACCAUGGCGCGGAGGAAUCGCUCCAUCACUUGUGGCAGGAAUACGAGAAUUUAUCCAGCGAGGACAAGAGGAGGAGCUCGCUCGAGGCCUUUCUUCGCAAGUUUAACGACGUGUAUGAGCGCUGGGUUCCCCUGGAAGAACACCAAAGUGGAGACGGCAAAAUGGAUCAAACUGGAGUUACUGGAUGCUCUUUUGGUCACCCGACCGCUGUCAUCCUUGGCCUUCUCCGAGAGCUAAAGCUUACGAGUGACUACAUUGGAGAGUUGCAUGCCAGCUCCGACUCGAAAGAACCGGUUCUAGCCACGAACGAGAUGGAAUCUGCCUUGCGCUUGCUAAAUGCUCUCAGCAUUCUCAGCCGAGCAUCAAAUAAUCGGGCGGUGUUCAGCACUUUCGGAGGCUUGCAAACUUUGACGAGCCUUAUGAAAAAUUCGGUGGUUUAUCUUAAGAGCAUCUUUGGUACCGCGACUCCAAACAUGGUGUUGAUGAGCUUUUUACAGUGCUUGCUUGCGCAUGUCGUAUCUAUUAUGGCCAAUUUUAUUGAGCUCGAGAAGCUGCCCGACAAAUCAAGCAGAAGAUCGUCGCUUGGUCUAAAAGAGAAUGCCGAGGAUCCUCCCAGACGCAGGCUGUCUUUUCGCGAAAGACCAUCACAAACAAGUGGAGAAAAUACCAGCUUUGCCUUGCUGCUCGAAACCGGCGGUCUUAACUGGUUUGUGGAGCUCCUUCGAGUUUUACGAAAACUUCAUCUCGCCACAGAUGAGCAUCUUGAAAGAGUGACUUUACAAACGCUUAAAGCCGCCGUCUCAUCAAGUUCCCGCGCGCAGAAUCACUUCAGGAGCAUCGGCGGACUUGAAGUUUUGCUGGAUGGAUUGGGAUAUUUUUGCGAUGAAGGAAGCUUGCAAAAGCGUGUGGAGAGUUUUAAUUUGCAAGUACUAUCACUUGAGGUUACGAGGGAAGCCGUAUUUCGUAAUGUUAACAGCUUGCAGUCAGUCUGCGACAUGGGUGGCUUACACAAAUUUAUUCGACUGUUUCGCUGGGCCGCGUUUUCCUUUCCGGUUCUAUAUGCCCGCAGUACCGAGCACUUGGCAGAAAUGUCUACGAGAUCAAGCAAUACUACACAGGAAAAGGAGAAAGAUCGUUUUUUUCUUGGUAUUGAAGAUGUUAAGGACAACUAUGGCCCUUGGAACUCCAACGUUUCUCGUCUGUGCGAGGUUCUUUGCUCGUUUGUGAUUGCAACCUGGGAUAUCUUUUCUCUCAGUGGUCCAGCAUCCCAAGAGACGUCAGGGGUGACAAGCGUCUACUGGGAAAACGCCACUAGGCUGGUUGUGAACGUUUUGCUCGGGAUUUUCAGAAACUUAGACGACAACGAUGAGGGGUUUCAGCAUUUCAAAAUGUUGCUCUCUAGCGACUUGCAGCGUAACAUCAUCACCGUGUUUAAGAAAAUGCUAGCGGUCUCUCCCGCGGUUUUGCAACUCUUUCGAGAUGAAGGUGUUUGGACGGUCAUGUUUUCGAAUGACUUUUUUUAUUUCGGAUUGGAGGGAAAGGAGAGCCUUGAGACACAGCCUUUACAGCUUGAAGUGAUAUCCUUUGUGGAGCUCGCGGCGACCACCAGUGGAAACUCCAAUAAUCUGGCAGAGUGCAACGCACUUGUUCAGAGUCUAGAGCAGUGUUCGAAGCUGCCCUCCAUGGCCACGAUGUUACUGAAAAGCUUGCAUCGAAUUUUGCAAUUGACACCGGAGCUUACAUCGUCGUCCUUUAAGGAACUGCAAGUUAUCUUGGUUCUAUCAGAAGUCAUGGCGGCAUUGUUGCAAGAUCUAAGGCUUGAUGUUGGCGACAUGGAAAAUUUGUUGCACUGUCGAGACGCUGCUUUCUCACUCUUCAACGAGUGCUUGAGCUUAUCCGACGAUGCCAAGUCUUCGGCACUGAGGAGUACGAAACUCAUGGACGUUUUGUUCGGUAUGAUUUUGGACUCUCGGUCAAGAACUUUCGCUAUUCAUCAUGUCAGCAAUUUUAUGAAGGUCGCCCCGAUCUCAGAUGAGGACCAGGAUGCAAAAAUGGAACUGUGUAUGAAAUAUCUGGAAACACUGUCUCGCGUGCAAUCGGAUCAACAUUCAGCCGGAAUCGAUAUUGUUUUGGAUCUGUUAUCGAUUCUUCGGGAUGUUCUUCAAUGCGAUUUUCCAUACUAUCAAGCGCUUUUUAGAGAAGUAGAGUGCUUUGUGCAUAUCGUUUCUCUGCUGAAUGAAGCUUAUCCCGAAGAACAUGGAAAGCGUUUGUGUUUAGAGGUGAUAGCAACUCUCAUUCAUCUUCUCAAGGGAAAUGAGUCUUCAAAGCUUGCUUUUAGAUCCCUUGUUGGUCCAGGCUACAAGAUGUUGGAGACCCUUUUAGUUAAUCGUUAUGGACAUCCAACUCAGGACCUCCUUAACGCGCUUUGGAAUAUGCUAGUUGAUGGCACAUUUGACAAUUCAUCUCGCAUGAUUAUUCAGAAUGAAGAUGUAAUUGUCCUGCUUCUUAACUUUAUUCAUCUGUGUGAUCCCGAAACGCAGCUAAAAGCCCUGGACACCUUUCUCCAGUUAUUAGAGGAAUCCACCGCAAACCAAUCUUCUUGCGUGAGAGCAGGCCUGCUUUGCAGUUUGAUGGAUUGGUUUUCUUCGGAGAACGAGAGCGUGGUUCUUCACAAGCUCUGCCACUUUAUCAAAUUGGUUGGUGGUCACAGUAUGGCAGGAAAGGAAAUGCGAAGGAUGUUUUCUCUUCUUCGGAGCACUUCGAGCUCAAAAAAUAGCCUCAUUUUGAGCACUUUCAAGUCAAUGUUAAACGAGCAGGGACCAUCUGUCUUUUUUGAGCUAAAUGGAAAGAAUUCGGGUAUUGGCAUCAAAACGCCUUUCCGGUGGCCUACCAACAAAGGCUUCAGUUUUAUGUGCUGGAUCAGGCUAGAAAGUGCCUCUUCGGAAGGCAUGAUGAGUUUGUUUAGCUUUUUAACUAGCGAUGGUAAAGGCUGUGCUGCGUUCAUAUCGGCGGACAAGUUCUUGAUAGAGGUCGAUUGUGCCAACCACAAGAAACAAGCAACUUCGAUGAGUAUAAGACUGGAAUCAAAGAAAUGGCACUUCAUUUGUGUCACGCACACAACUGGACGAGCUCUGUCUACUGGAAGCUUGUGUAAAAUUUUCGUCGACGGCAAACUCAGUAGCAGUGAAAAGCUGAGGUACCCGAAAGUUUAUGAUCCAGUAAGUUGUUGUACAAUUGGAGCAAAUGCGACUGCAGACCAAUCGAGUGGUUUCUUUUCGCCAUUAUGUGGACAGCUUGGUCCAGUGUAUCUAUUUGACGAUGUGUUAACUCCUGGGCAAGUUGAAGGUGUGUUUAUGCUUGGUGCGGGUUACAUGUACUCCUUCCUCCCCAGCGAGGCUGGCUGCAUUCCAGCGAACAUGUCCGAUAGCAGCUUGUCCAGUUCCAAGGAGGGUCUAUCUUCUAAAAUGAUAUUCGGUUACAAUGCGCUAGCCAGCAGUGGACGCGUCCUUUUUGAUGUCGCACCAGUGUCAGAGCAGUCUGACGCUGUAUCUCAUGAAGCUACGAUCAUGAGUGGUACGCAGCUUUGCUACAGGUGCCUUGUGCAGAAUAAUAUACACUGUGUUGGUGGCAUCACGGUCUUUUUCCCGUUGUUAACGCGAUUCCGGCACGCCGGGAAAGAUUUCGAUGGAUCUGUUACUGAUGCAGACGACUAUUAUUUAGCGGAUGUGAUCGAGCUAUUGACAGCAGUCGCAACGAAGAACUACGUUAAUCAAAAGGUCCUCCAUAGCACUGGGGGCCUCGGCCUUCUCGGGUAUCUACUACAGUUUGUGUCCAUCAAACAAUUAUCGGUCAAAGUUAUCACUGCUCUCAACAAUUUACUGUGUGUUCUUUCUGAAACAGCUGAUAACGCACUUUCGGACCUGCUCGUGAGGGAAACUGUACUCAAAGUUUACUUGAAUCCAUCUGCAUGGAUUUAUGCUCCGUAUGUCAUUCAACGCGAGUUAUUUCUAUCACUGAUCAACUUUUUGGAGAAUCGGAAGUACGACAAUGUUUGUGGCGUUUCCAGAUUUCUUGACAUGCUUCAUCAGUUCUAUUGGGACAAACCGAAGCAUCGUAAGAUGUCCAAGACAGUUGGAACCAGAGACCGUCCUCGUCAAGAAGAAUUAUCGCAGCUUCGAAUCCUCAUACUUUCUUUAGCAGAAACUGCAAUAAGAAAUCAUAUGAGUUUGUCAGAUGCUAAGUCUUUAAUCUCUUUUAUUGACCGUAAUGACGACUUAAUCUGCGUUGAGGAAGUUCUUCAGAUGCUGUUGGGUCUUUUAGGCGAGCCUAUUUUCCUAUCAAGCUUCUUGGAAUGCGUUCACUCCUUGGGUGGAAUUCACAUCUUUCUCAACUUAUUGUCGAGGCGGCAGGAAGUGAUCAGGCUGCUCGCUUUGCAUGUUUUGGGAUCACUUUUCCUCGCCAUACCUGUAGAAAGAAAAUCAAUAUGGCUCUUUGGGAUUGGCGGUAAUAAGGGACAGGGCGAUACAGUCAUAAGCAGACAAAAGGACUUAGUCUGGUCUAUAAUAAAAGAGCGCCUGUUGCAGUUUCCCUUCACGGAUUCUCUGCGAGUGACUUUGUUUGACCUCCUUCUCGGAGCAGCCAUUCCUAAACAAGUUCUCCAUGGCGGCAUUCUUACGCAGUUUGGAAAGAGUUCUGGAAAAAGAGCUUGGUUACGACAGCUACAAGCCGCUGGCAAUCCCGCACAUACAGCUACCUUCCCAGAAUUUUUCUUACCUCAAGUUUUAGGAGUUCUUUUAAAAUUCGUAGAGGCCUCGGACGAUUGGACGUCAAGGCAGGAUGUUCUUAAAGACAUACUUGCUCUUAUUCAAACGAAUCCGGCAAACUGCGGUGUACUCUUACAGGAACCGGGGUGGCAGGAUUGGCUUUUUGCAGUAUUUUCAAGUGCAUCUUCCAGAAAGCAGAAAGAAGAUCAAGACUCAAAACGGUGGGCGGAUGAGGUGUUGCUAAUCAGAAAAAUAUUCUGUGCUCUGCAAGUCCAUGCUGUAUUUAACACAAAAGGUGGCUGGCGCCAAGUAGAACGCAUGACUGUUUACGUUCUUAAGUACACCGAACAGAGCUUUCUUCACGAUUUACUUGGUGACAUCGUGAGCGAAAUUUCUAACUCUCGAUCGCUAUUGACGUUACAGCCCUGUCGUGACAAUUUGCUCUAUCUCCUCGCCUUGAUUGAAGAGCUAGUGGUUGCGGAUGCAAUCCAAUAUCUCCCAUUUUUAAAUUCUCUGGCGGAGGAGUCUGAAGACAACGGCCUGUUGUCUGGGAGCUACGUGGAUUUGGGGUCCGAAACCGUAGAGGAAGGUCUUGUGGAUAAGAGGAAGAACUCUCCAAGAAUUACUUAUCAAAGCGAGUCAAGCGGAUUUAACCAGCGCCUAUACGAUCAAGUCUGGGACCUUUUAUCGGCUAUCAACGGAAUUGGACAAGGAGGAGCUUCAACUUCCACAGCAGGACCAACAUUUGGCCAACGAGCCCGUGGCCUUGUUGAGUCUUUGAAUUUACCAGCUGCUGAAGUUGCUGCUGUCGUGACUGGAGGGCUGGGGUCUGUUGGGAUUAACGUUCCAUCUUCUAAGCCGAAUGAGAAAGCCAUGAAGCUACGAGGGGAGAAGUUUCCAAGACUUGCAUUCAGGCUUGUGCUGGUUUACCUCUACCGAGCUGGUCUUGAGGCUGUGUUACUGUCAGUUCAACAGUUCCUACCUCUUGUUCCCGGCUUCCUCUCUUCAGACUCGGAUCAAAACAAAGGCCAACUUUAUCUUACAAUAUGGUGCUUACUCGACGCACGAAGUCAAGUGGAAAAGAUGGACGACGGAACAAGGUCUCAUGUGCUGUCUCAGUUGAUUGAGGAACUUAUUGAAAUUGGGAAGGUUAUCGGUUUGGUUGAUAAGGAAAAGCGUACAGAAGAAACGAUGAAGAACGAUCCUUACAGCUUUUUACAGCAAGAUAAAGUCAAAGCUCUGGUGAGAGAUGAUAAGAAGUUUCUGAGGGCAGCUAAGCGUAAGUGGGUUUCUGCGGUCGAGACAUUGAAUGCCGAAACAAAUGACACUCGUAGUCUUGAAUUACGUGAAUCAAAAGCUCUAGAGGAACAAUCUCUAACCGUCUUGAACUCCAUUCAUAAUUCAGAGCUAUCCAGACGAGCAGCAUAUCAAUUGAAGGAAGAUGCAGAAGAGCAGGCCGUGGCUAGCCAAUGGUGCUUAAUCUUCCGGAAUCUGACUGAUGAAAGAGGCCCCUGGUCCUCGACAACUUUUCCAUCGGAUACGCUCGUGUGGUGGAAACUUGACAAGACGGAAGAUCCUUUGCGGCGCCGGCUGAAGCUAAAACGCAACUAUCACUUUGAUCAGGAGCUUCUGCAGCCGGCAGCGUCAACGGAGGGUGUUGGCUCUCAGAGCGCACCCAAGGUUCUCUCACGUGAAAAAGUCAGCUUUCGGAAGGCAGCGUCUUUUAAACUGGAGAAAGAAUCCGAGGAAGUCGAAGAUGAGAUGCAGGAUGCUAACGAUGAGUUUGUCAGCAACGAAUCCGAAGCAGAAAGUAGCAGCACGAGUGAAGCUGACGGGGCCGAAUCGAAGCAAGGAGCUGCGGAAGAUGAGGUGCUCUUGUCAGUGUCUUGCGUCCUCGUUUCUCCGAAGCGCAAGCUUGCUGGUCGAUUGGAAGUUACUCACAGGUCUCUACAUUUUCAUAUGGAAUUUUUUAUUGAAGGAACUGGCGGUUCCAUGGUUUUCGAUUCGUCCGGUGGAUUUGCUCGUCAGAACCAGGAUACUGAUCAAACUGGUACCCGCGACGGUGACAAAGCUCCUGGUUUAGGAAAAAAGCAGCAUAGAACGUGGGACAUUUUCCAGGUCACAGCAAUCUAUGCGACUAGAUAUUUGCUGCAACAUACUGCAUUGGAGAUAUUUUUCGCUGAUGCCGCUCCUCCCGUGUUUCUUAACUUUGCAUCUCAUCGAGUUGCGAAGGAUGUAGCACUUACGAUAACUUCCAGCAAACAUGUGGGAUCAAAGGGAAAGACAAAGCACCAGAUUCACUAUGUGGACAGAAAAAGAGCUAUUGAUCUAGCAGAGAAAGCUCGUGACUGCUGGAGGCGGCGAGAGUGCAGCAACUUCGAUUACUUGAUGAUACUGAACACGUUAUCCGGGAGAUCAUACAACGAUUUGACUCAAUAUCCAGUCUUUCCGUGGAUCUUAUCCGACUAUUCCUCUGAAGCAUUGGAUCUCUCCAGUCCAUCUGUUUAUCGAGAUCUUGCAAAGCCCGUUGGUGCUCUCGAUGAAAAACGCUUUCAGGUCUUUGAAGAACGGUACAACAACUUUACUGAUCCAGACAUUCCCAGCUUCCACUAUGGUUCACAUUACUCGAGUAUGGGCAUCGUUCUGUUCUACCUUCUUCGACUGGAACCAUUUUCUUCUUUCCAUCGUACGCUUCAGGGUGGAAAAUUUGAUCAUGCGGACAGAUUGUUCCAUAGCAUACAAAACACUUACGCCAACUGCUUGACCAACACAAGUGAUGUGAAAGAGAUAAUACCGGAGUUCUUUUAUAUGCCUGAGUUCCUUGUAAAUACAAAUAGUUACUACAUUGGUGUCAAGCAAGACGGACAACACCUUAACAAUGUGAUCUUACCACCUUGGGCCAAGGGAUCUCCUGAAGAGUUUAUUCGCUUGAACAGGGAAGCUCUUGAAAGUGAGCACACUAGUGAAAACUUGCACCGUUGGAUUGACCUCAUAUUUGGCUACAAGCAACGUGGAAAACCUGCUGUCGAGGCAGCAAAUAUCUUUUACUAUCUUACUUAUGAAGGCACUGUGGAGCUAGAAACCAUGGAAGAUGUAAGGCAAAGAGCAUCAGUGGAGGACCAGAUUGCAAAUUUUGGUCAAACACCUAUCCAGCUUUUUAAGAAGAAACAUCCGAAACGCGGCCCUCCAGUACCACUUCUUCGCCCUUUAUACUACUCUCCCGCCUCGACAACACUUGUGUCCACAAUUCCAUCGAGGUCUCUCUCGUUUGGUAAGUCAGAUGAAGAUCAUCCUGUCUUGUACAUUGGGCAUUGCGACGGGAAGAUCAUCUCUGUGACCAGCCAGAUGGUUGUGUCCUCACGAAUGUGGCUAACGCCUUCCAUGCCACCCAGUGGCAGCUUUACGUUUUCGUCUUCCCAGGAUUCUACUUACGGACUUGGCUCUGAAGAGUGGCCUUGCCACAAAGUUCGUGGCUAUUUUACCGAGUCUUUUCCAGACUCAUUUUGUUUCUGCGCGUUGCCUGCAAUAUCUACGGUCUACUUGUUAAGCUGCGGCCAUUGGGACAACAGUUUCAAGCUCAUGUCGCUCACCGACGGCCAAACCGUUCAAAGCCUGUGUCAACACAAGGAUGUCGUAACGUGUGCUUCGGUUGCAGCAGAUGGCAGCAUUGUCGUCACCGGCAGCCGUGAUACAACAGUGAUGGUAUGGGAAACUCAGCUAUCUUCCAACAGGAUCAAGCGCUCAGACAGCAAGCUCGCCGUCUCAGACAAGCCUCGCCACGUUUUGUGCGGCCACGACGAUGCAGUAACUUGCGUGGUGGUCCGGACGGAACUCGACCUCGUCGUGAGUGGCUCCGAGGACGGGACUUGCAUCCUCUACACUCUCCGGCAGGGAAGAUACGUCAGAUCGCUGGUUCAUCCUAGCAGGAAAUCAAUAUCUCUGCUAGUGGUGUCUCCGCACGGUCUGGUUGGUCUCUUCUCCAACAAGGACCUCAACUUUCACUCAUUCUCAGUGAACGGCAAGCACCUUGCCAGCGCGGAACUAAACGGGCGCUUGAGCUGCAUGGAGCUGAGCAGCUGUGGCGAGUUCGUGGUGUGUGGAGGCGACCAGGGAUACGUUACAGUGCGCAAGCUCCACUCGCUGGAGCUCGUCCAUCGCUACGAUGCGGCUGGCUCGCCGAUUGUGAGCCUGUGCGUGACGCCUGAGGAUUGUUUCUUGGUGGGAACCAGGGACGGGAGGUUUUUGAUAUAUGCUGUGGAAACUUCACCAAGGAGGGAGAAGAGGUAACUCAUCACUCUGUGUUAGAAGAGAUUUUUGAACUCCACAAGAGCUUCAAUAUAUUUAUAAAUAAUAUUUUGGUUUGCUUAAGCAAACCUGUGGAUUA